UUGGUAUGCGGAAUUUUAGAGGGUUGAAAAUCCUGCAUCUGAAGCUAAGGUUAGCAUCGGGGUCUAACUUGGGAAAUACCGUAGGCUAUCCGGAUUAAAUUUCCCUUUGAAUGAAAAGAUUUGCUGCAGAACUGGGAAGCUCCGCUUCAUUCAGACAUUCAGGAGAGCGGGAGGGAAGAUAACCCUGACCUUUCACUUCUCUCCCCCAUCUGUAGAGAGCUUCUGUCGUCGAGGAGCUAGGACCCGGCUGUACUUGGCUGUGCAGGACACACCAGUUAAGGUCGACACACAUGCAGCAGAAACAACAACUACUACUGUCACCAGGGCCCCCUAUUGUCAAACGUCUGGGAGUGUGAAAGGCAGAGGAGGAGUGUUGAAGACUGGACACAAGCUGCCUGAUAUUACGAUAGGGACAUUAGAGUCUCUGGACUCCAUCAGACAAAGCAAACCAUUUGAAAACUGUCCCACGACCCCUUUUUACACACCCACUGGUUUUCACUCUCCGUUUUUUGUUCUGCCACUCUGCAAAGAUGGCCCUGUGUGUUUUGUCACGGGGGCGGACUGUUGAGUGUUGAUCCGGGGGGAGAGGUGACUCACAGCCAGGACCAUGUCUUGGAAGAGGAACUACUUUGCGUCCGGAAGCGGCGGGCUGCAGGGGAUAUUUACCCCACGCACUAUGACGUCCAUCGCCCCCAGUAAAGGACUCAGCAACGAGCCGGGCCAGAACAGCUGCUUCCUCAACAGCGCACUGCAGGUCCUGUGGCACCUGGACAUCUUUCGGCGGAGCUUCCGGCAGCUGACCACACACAAGUGCAUGGAGGACUCGUGUAUAUUCUGUGCCCUGAAGAGUAUCUUUGCUCAGUUCCAGUUCAGCAGUGAGAAGGUGCUGCCAUCUGACGCGCUCCGCAGCGCCCUGGCCAAGACCUUCCAGGAUGAACAGCGCUUCCAGCUGGGCAUCAUGGACGACGCUGCAGAGUGCUUCGAGAACAUCCUAAUGCGGAUUCAUUUCCACAUCUCAGACGAGACCAAAGAGGACAUCUGCACGGCCAAGCACUGCAUCCCACACCAGAAGUUUGCCAUGACGCUUUUCGAACAGUGUGUGUGUAGCAGCUGUGGGGCCUCCUCUGACCCACUGCCAUUCAUUCAGAUGGUGCACUACAUCUCCACCACAUCCCUCUGUAACCAGGCGGUGAGGAUGCUGGAGUGUAAAGACAAGCCCACACCAGGCAUGUUUGGAGAGCUGCUCCGCAACGCCAGCACUAUGGGAGACCUACGCAACUGUCCGAGUAACUGUGGGGAGAAGCUGCGUAUUCGUCGGGUACUUAUGAACUCUCCAGAGAUCAUCACCAUAGGUCUGGUGUGGGACUCUGACCACUCAGACCUGGCAGAGGACGUCAUCCACAGCCUGGGCACUUGCCUGCGCCUGGGGGAUCUCUUCUACAGAGUAACAGAUGAUAAGGCCAAGCAGGCAGAGCUCUACCUGGUGGGCAUGGUGUGUUACUACGGCAAGCACUACUCCACCUUCUUCUUCCAGACCAAGAUACGCAAGUGGAUGUACUUUGACGACGCACAUGUCAAAGAGAUCGGGCCCAAGUGGAAGGACGUGGUGUCUCGGUGCAUCAAGGGCCACUACCAGCCCCUGCUACUGCUCUACGCUGACCCCCGGGGGACGCCCGUGUCAGUGCAGGACCUGCCCUCCCGCCUGGACCUGCACCACUUCAACAGGUCCUACUACGACAGCGAGGACUCGGGCCGCGAGCCAUCCAUCUCCAGUGACACGCGCACCGACUCGUCGACAGACAGUUACUCCUACAAGCAUUCCCACUCCCACUCUCACCAUGAGUCCAUGGCCAGCCACUUCUCCUCCGAUUCCCAGGGAACCGUCAUCUGUAACCCAGACAACGACACAGCCUCCCGCAGCAGCCUGGAGACCACAGGCCAAGUGACGGACAGUGGGCCAGUGCAGUGCCACUCUCUGAGGAAAGGCGGAACAGUGGACAGGAAGGGCGGGGCCAGUGACAGGAAGCGGAGCUCUAGUCGUCCGAGGCGACUUGAGGAGAAGAGCCGGGGCUCUAAGACUGACGAAGCCUCGUCGGCAGGUUACCACAGCGAGGGGGAGACUCUGAAGGAGCAACAAGCACCUCGCACCGCACCCAAGUCCUCCUCCUCCAGUCGACUGAGAGAUUUCAAGGAGACCAUGAGCAACAUCAUCCACAGUCGCCCCCUCUCCGCCUCCUCUUUGGGCUCCGGGGCCCUUGGGGGUCUAGGGGCAGAGUCAGGGGCCACCACCAAGGCCAGAGACUGGGAGGCCGACAGCACCAGCAGUGAGUCCAAGUCCAGCUCCUCCGGCGGACGAUACAGACCGGCUUGGAGGCCCCGGAGAGAGGCCCUCAAUAUAGACAGUAUCUUCAGUAGGGAGAGACGUAGACAGGCUGGGUAUAGUCCCCUAGGGGCCACUCUGCCUGAAGACAGUGGGGCCCCAGCCGAGGGCCCCACAGGGUCAGCCACUGGACAAGGACAUGGGCCCUUUGGUAAUAUGGCCUCCUCCUGGACCCUGCCGACCCCCAGGGGCCAUAACAUGGAGCAGCAGCCCCCCAGGCUCAUCCAGAGGAUGGAGAGUGGCUAUGAGAGCAGCGAGAGGAACAGUAACAGUCCUGUUAGCCUGGACAUGCCUCUCAGCGAGGGACCCAAUGCUGCUAAUACACAUAGGGACACCGGUCUGAAGAAGCCUUCCAGCUCCAGCUCAGGUCCAUCAUGGCGCACCGUGCCCAAGUCUAAGAGCAGCAGUGCUCUCCUGCAGGACGUCAAGGCUUCAUGCAGGGGCAACAGCCACAUAAGCCUGGCGGGAGAAGGCCGCAGCGAACUGGACGAGCUGCAGGAGGAGGUGGCCAGGCGAGCGAGGGAGCAGGAGUUACAGAGGAGGAAGGAGAAGGAAAAGGAGGCAGCCUUGGGGUUCAACCCCAGACCCAGCAAGUUCAUGGACCUGGACGAGCUACAGAACCAAGGCAAAGGGGAGGGCUAUGAACGCUGCGUGUCGGACGCUGAGCUACUGCUAGACCAGUCCCUGCGACUGGAGCAGGCUGGCGAGGUGGCCGCCGCUCUGUCUGUCGUUAAUGAAGCUGUAUCUAAACUCAGGCUUCCCAUGCAUGAGGGUGGCGCUAACACCCAUAGCAGGACAGUGGCUGAGGCCCGGCUGCAAAAGUGCAUGAGGAGAGCGCGGGGCCUGCAGCAGCGCAUGCAGCAGCAGGAAGACAGACCCCAGCAACAGGAUCAGGAGCAGACAGAGAAUCAGGAUCAGCCCUGUCCCUCUCCCCAGGGCCCACCCAGUGAACAGCCUGUCCCAAUCCAAAUACUGUUGACAGACGCCCAGGAGGACCAACCACAAGCAAUCCCGGAAGCCACCAGAAACACCCCUUCUCCUCUCUACGUUAAGCCCCUCCCAUCCAGCACAAACUCGCUCCCUGAGCCCCUGAGCCACCCCCCUGUCGCUAUGCCCCCGAGCCCUCACACAGGGUCACCCACGGGGGGGUUCAUGGCGGAGGCGUGGGGGCGCCGGGAAGGACUGGAGAUGUCAGGCGUGCUAGAUAACUCUUGUACUCAUGUGAGACCCCUCCACAUGCACGCUACCGUGUCCCUGCCUGCCCUGUGUGUGAAUGGCCGGGACGAGAGCUUUACUGAGGGAGGCCAUGACCAGACUCCAGCCCUGCCCAACCACCAGCCAGCUGCACCCUCACAGUGGAACAGUAACCCCCCAACCCAGACUCUGCCCACCCCACGCCCGCACUCCAGGACACCCUCUCCAGUCAGCCACACCUCAGAGGAAAGGAGCGACACCAACAUGGAGGAUGCCUAUUCCAGACGGCCAGCCCUGGGCCCCUCUCAGCCUCCUCCAGCCCAUCAGAACCACAGCUCCCCUGUCCCCAUCUCCUCCAACACCUCAAGGCUUGGCCCUCCUCCUCCCCCUCCCACCCGUAACUGGUCCGACUGGAGCCUGGACCAGCCGGCCGCCUUCGACUCCCCCUUCUACGCCCCUCCUACAGACUCCCACUGCCCACCUUCCACCCCCAUCAGACCAGGGUGGACCCCUUCCCCAGCGUCUGGGAACUACAGCCCAGGUGCCGCCAUGCCAGUGGAGCGCUGGGCAGAGAAUGUGACCCGCUACUACAACUCCCAGGCGGUGGUUGGGUCACCCUGUGAGGAGCUGUCGGAGCUAGACUCUCUGUACCAGGCGAGCCUUCAGGCCACCAGCCUGCCCCGGGCCCCAAGCGCAGUUAGCCCUCAGCCCACUGCCAACAAGCAACCGGCUCGAAAGCUGUUGUCUGGGCUGUAUGCACCUGGCCGCUCCAAGACUCCCACAGCCGAGUUAGAGAUAUGCUUACAGAACGCCAGGCUACACCAGCAGCCCCACACAACACAACAAGCCUGGGUCAUGUGAGCGACCACUGGGAGAUGACAAGAACUACAGUGCUGAGAACCUCCGCCGCAUUGCCCGCAGUCUGAGUGGCACCGUCAUAGGGGGCCGACCCGAACUCCUCACCCCCUCCCGCAGCUUUGAGCCCCCAGUUACCAGGAUGCCAAAGCAUGCGGACUCCCGAGUCCCCGCACGUCAUCCUAGCACGUCCUCCCUGCACCCCCCUCCCUCCUCCACCCACCUCUCUCCACCCGAACCCCAACACCAAUACCUCCACAACAACCACCACC